AUGGCGGAUCAGUUGGCCAAGGGGGACGAAUUCGAGAGGAAAGCGGAGAAGAAGCUAGCCGGAUGGGGGCUUUUCGGCUCCAAGUAUGAGGACGCCGCCGAAUUGCUCGACCGGGCCGCGAACUCCUACAAGCUCGCCAAGUCCUGUGAGUAUCCUGAUCUCCCUUUCGCUCUCUCUAUCCACCCACCCCCCAGCCUGGACCGACGAGUCAUCGAUCCUGGCGGAGCCCCGUUCCUUGCAACACCCUAACUUUUUUCCGAUUCUGGCUUCUGGUAGAGAAUCUUCUAGCGGAUUUUCCUUCUAAUUUUUCCGAUCUGCUUCGGGUUGUUGCUCUUACUUCCCACGCCGCUGUUCCCUCGUCUCCAUGCAGGCGUCGAUUUCUUUGAAUUAGGGAUCAUAAGCCUCACCUAUUCUUAACUUAUGUUUUUACUUUGCGUCGACACUGAUCUGCCGGGAUGUCGUCUCUCUUCCUAUUUUAUAUUUGAAUUUCUGUUUGUGAGAAACUAGAUGAAAGGGCAUCAUCAUAGGGGUACAGAAAGGACGAAGUUAUCAAUGCCGAACAUUUUACUUCUGUGCAUUAGGAUAUCGAGUAGGGCUAUUAAUUUUUGUGUAAUUUCCCUUUCUCCCAAUUGGCAGUUCCAGGGAAUACAUUGUAGAGGAAAGGAUAAUAAUUGCAAUCUCUGCCACUUUUCUGAAUGGAGGUCCAAGGAAAAAAUCUUCGUUAUUGCUGAUGCCUUCCAUCUUUGGGAGGGGAGAGGGGACAGUUAAAUGAAAAUGUCUACGAAAAUUGCGGCUGCUCGUUUACCGAUGCUUGAAAUUAGUUAAUCAAUCGGGAUCUGCUGUCACAUAACGACUGUUCUAACAUUUAUCUGAUCCAUGGUCGAGGAGUUGCGAGGCAGAAAAUGCUGCCGGAGACCUGAUUUAUUGCGUGGCUUUCCCUGGACGAGGCCUGGUGUAGAAAUAUAGUCAUUGAUGGGCCAAAUAGAAACGAGGAAUGGAUUUUCGUGGUUAUUUCUUUUUUUGUACUCUUUGAAGUGCUAUUCUCUUGAACGAGCUGUUCAGUGGGAGGUUUCAGUCGGAAAGAUGUAUGUGCGUCCAUGGAAAAAAUAUGGGAAAGUAGAUGAUGGCGUUGUUUUUUUUGACAUCCUUCACAUCAUUUGUGCAUUACAUGUCUUCAAAGGAGCCCUUAUUCAUUCACCAUCUCCCCACUUUAGCCAUCGGGUUAGGAGCUUGUGCUAUCAUUUCUGACAUGAGUUUGGCAUUCUAGAGAGGGAAAAUGACGGAGUAUAGUUGCCUAGGAGUCUGCUGCUUUACUGGUCUAGAAAAAAAGUUGAGUUGCAUAGGAAAAAACUACUGUAAUAAUAUUGUACCUAUGUACGGUGUUAUAUUUAUUUAUUUAUAUGAUUAAAUCGAUUAAUAGAUAUACAUUAUUGUAGAUAUGCAAUUAUAUAUUUAUGAAUAGAAUGAGAGAGAGAGAGUCUUGAUAGACCUGGGGUCACAUGUGAUACAGUUGCUCCUGUAUUUUUGUAUUUUCCCUCAAUAGAUCAAGCAUAAAUGGGUGACAGUAAACUUCAAUUUUUUUUCUUCCUAGUUCGUCACCAAUAAACAAAGUUUUUAAUAUCUACAGUCGUCUCGCACUCAACAAUGUGCAUUUACUUGCACACAUACAUCCGUUCGCAGAGUGCUAGGCUUAAUGCAACUCAAUCUGUAUGAUGGGCCAAAACAUAGAAAAGAAGACGAGGAUGCUGUGCAUACACCCACUCAAGUGUCACAGAUCGACGGCAGGGUUCUAAUCUCAGUUCAGUCAGGAAGACAAAACAUAAUUUGAGUCUCUGUUUUUGUUAUAGUGCCUAGUUGCAUUUUGAAUGUAAUUUACAGCAAUCUCCUGUUUGUAGUAUUCGUGCUUUUUUAUAUGUUUGAUUAUAAAAGCUGCUGGGUAAAUUUCAGUACCAUUGCUUUUGAGUACCAGACUUUCUCCAGAUUGUUGUAAAAUAGCUUGAACUGGCGUGACAUUUGCCAUAAACUUACUACAAUUCUCCUUCCAAGAUAGACUCUUGUAUUGUGAGGGACUUGAUACUUGUUUUUUUCUUUCACAAAGAAUGAACUGCUUCCAAAUAAAGCUUGUUCUGAAUAGCCUGAAAUUGGGUUUCACUGGCUAAGCACAAUUGAUGUUUCAGCCAUUCAAAUCAUCUAUCAUUGUGAUGGAUCAAUUCAGCAGUUUUUUUGUUGGCUGAGCAUAGUUGAUGUGUAUUACUCGAUCCAUUUACAGUCAUCACGAUGAUAGAUAAUUUGAAAGAAUUAAACACACCGUUUGCAUCGGUACAUUUUUUAUAUCUGACAUAUGCAGUGUAUUCAACAGGGGAUUGAUAAGUUUUAUAGGGUCAAGAUUGGCAGAGGUCUCAGAUAUAUGUUUAAACCAUUGCGUCAUGUUUGUGAACUUGUCUAUUGUGAACAAUGAAAACAGAAACUGUCUAUGAUGUGUCACUUUUUCUUUUUUUCUAUUCAGUUUUUUGUGAUUCUAUUUAAGUAAGCUGAUAUAUAUGCUAGGAUGGGAAUCAACAGAUACGUGACCGAUAUAAUUGGACUAUACUUACUCAUUGAGACACAUUCUCCUUUUCAGGGGAUAAAGCUGGAUCAGUUUAUACAAAAUUGGCCAACAUUCAUUUGAAGGUACUGCUUGCUUUGUUAAACCUGUAUGACUAUUAGAUACCGUGAUGUUCGCUUUUUGAUGUUACAUGUCUUUCAUUUAUUGACACAGUUGGACAGUAAGCAUGAAGCAGCCUCAGCUUAUGUGGAUGCAGCAAACUGUUAUAAGAAAGUCUCUUCACACGGUUCUGACUUCUCCCAAUCACGUGAUUGCUGUAUUUUGAUUUAUUCAUUGUUAAAUGUCAUUUAUUUUAAAAGUUCCUUAUGCAGUUCAUGCAAAAGACACGGUUACUGUGAUCAUACCUCUUUUUUUCCUGUGGAUAAUUGCUCGACACACACCUACAGUGCUUUGCUGAAAAGAAAGAAAGUAAGAAGUUUUCACCGUAAGAAAAUAUGGAAGACUGAUUUAUGACAGCUGUGUCUUACAUUAUUUAGAAGUCCUAAAAACUGCAAUAGGAAAAAUAUAAUAUCUGCAUCUGUUAUUUUUAAUUAGUAUAUUUUUUUACCAUUUAGAUAUAAUAAAAGUAAAUAAGUGUUAUCAGUGAUCACUCCAAGAUACAUAUCUGGAGGCAUUAUAUGGUUGGGCGAGCUGCGUCUUAAUGAGUGAUAGAGAACUUUCCUGCCAUUCGACUAGGCUUGAAGAACCAUGGUAAGGGGAUUGACGCCUGGUUCACUGCCAAUCGUGUAAUCUUUGUCAGAUCUUUGUAUGUCUUGUAUUCUUCUUGCGGUCCAAACUGGUUGAAGCAUUUAUUGUGAUAGUUUCUUACGGCCUGUUUUGAGAUGUGAAAGGUUAUAGUUCACAGUGUAUGCUUUGACAAUGAUCAAAUCUUAAGGUUUUAAGAUGAACUUUGUCAUUGGAAGCUGUUCCAGUUCAGCAACAGUUUGUACCUUACUUUUGCAGAUGCUGCACGCUGCUUGGAUCAGGCUGUCAAUCUUCUCCUAGAGAUUGGCCGGUUGAACAUGGCUGCAAAGCACUGCAAGGUGAAUUGGCGUGGAAUUUCUGGGAUAGCUUUGCAUUCUCGUGAUAUUUCGAAAAGAGCAUAUUGACACUGAACCUAUGCAUACCUUUUUAAUAUUUGAAAUGAUAAAUAUGUGACACAAGUACUGUGGGAAAGAUGAUUUUUCGGAAAAUUGUUGUAAUCUCUGAAAUUUCAUAACUUCUCGUUAUUAUUCCUAGAUGUGGACGGAAAAUCUACUUUUUGUGGAGUUGGGAAUCCGUAAUUGCAUAGGUCAUUUGCUUUGAAUUUGAGCAGUGGUUGUGUUUUCUUUGUCUGGUAAAAUUGAGACUGAUUUAGGCUUCCAUAUUUAAUAUCUCAGGAUCUUGGUGAAAUACAUGAGACGGAACAAAAUUUUGAGAAGGCCAUAGGUUUCUAUGAGCGAGCAGCGGACCUUUAUCAAAGUGAAGAAUCUACAACUAGUGCAAACCAGUGCAAGCAGAAAGUGGCUGAACUUUCUGCACAGCUGGAACAGUUAAGUCACACUGGGUCCUUUUCCUCCGUGGUUAACUUCUGAAGUGUAUUUACUUUUUUAGGUAGUAAUAUCACUCUAGAUGCCUGUUUAAUAUUGAAAUUCCUAUCUCAUUUGUGGAAUUAUAAUUUUUCCCCAUCUGCCUUUCACAAAGAACUCAAAGUAAGAAGAUUAUAGCUUUUCUAUUCCCAUUAUUUUACUAUUUACUGAUGGUACACAUGAGAGAAGGGAAAGAUACGAUGCGGGCUUUAAAUAAAUGAAGUACGGGUGAAAUAAUUAGCAGCAAUUUCUUUUCAGAUGCUAGAUAUUCUAGAUUUAAUUUCGUACAUAAAAGGAAAGGGGAGAAAAAGCUAGCCAUGGCUGACACUCCGUCAACUGUGAGCCGUAGUAAAUGUUUUAACGUGUUAAAGAGGGGACAGAAAGGAAGAAGUUUGCUGCAGAUUGAAGUUCUACUUGAAUAGGUUCAAAGAGUCCCAAGGGAUGUGGCAUAUUCCGUUAAGGUUAUGUUCGGUGUAAAUGUGCUGGGAGAGGGAGAUCGUGUUUACUCUGGUGAAUAAUAUGUAACGCAUAUUGCAGUUGUUAUGCAAAUGUUUUUAGGAAUAUGGUCAUUGUUGACCUGCUUCUAUGGAGGAACAUCCUUUGAGUUCUUAGAGGAACAGUCUGCAUCUUUAGCUUGCUCCUUGUCUGAGGAGAUAGAGGAGGUGAUCUGUAACCCGAGGAGGAUGAAUGGACAUAAUUUGAUGGCUUUCCUCUAUGCUUAGACAUUGUAGGAAGAUAGUGAAAGAUACUUAUUCAGACACUUGAGAGUUUCAGGUGGGAGAGGUUCACAUUGAAAGGGUCAACGCCACCUUCUAUGUCAUACCGUUAAAGAGGCAAGGAGUAGAUUCCGUAGCGGUGGCCUGCCUUACUAUUGAACCGUAUUUACAAGGCCAUCACUGAGGUGCUUUUGGCGAAAAGUGGGACUGUACCGUGAUCAGACUGAUGUAUUGCAAUCAAGUCCAUUUAUUCGAGGAAGGUUGAUUCAUGAAAACAGCAAGAAAAAUAGAUGAGUAAAAUUGGCCCAAAUGGGCAGUUAUGUAGGUUAUAAUCUUCACAUCUACUCUUUGCUUUGUGUUCAAUCUUUCUGGGCACCUUUCGUUUCUUGGUUUGCAACAUUAAUGCUAAGUUUAUCUCUUUCUUUCUUCCAUUGCACAUUUCUGCCGGCUUUCGUAUUCCCCUAACGGGAAUAGUUGGCUGAUGUGCUGAUCUGCGAAAGCUCUUUAAGUUGUAUUUUUUUAGUGGGUUUUUGUGUAAGAAUACUGCAUUCGUUUGCCUCCCCAAAUGUGUUUGCUGAAUGUAUUGUUGUCCCACAGAUAUCCAAGGGCAAUUGAGAUCUACGAGACCAUAGCUAGGCAUUGUCUUAACAACAAUCUUCUGAAGUACAGUGUAAAGAGUUAUCUUCUCAAUGCUGGCCUUUGCCAGCUCUGCAGGGGUGAUGUUGUUGCAAUAACGAAUGCAUUGGAACGAUAUCAGGUAUAAAGAGAGAACGUUGGCACUUCCUUUAACGUCCUGUACCGUCAGUAAUCAAAUCGCCUGUGCAGGAACUUGACCCUACCUUUUCGGGGACGCGUGAAUACAGGUUUUUGACUGUAAGUGACAACUGUUGUCUAUCAUUUUGAUUUAUGCUCGUUUACCUUCUUUCUUGAGAUGUUUUUUCGCUGUUCACCUUUUGUAGAGAUGCUAAGUAGUAAGUCACUUUGAAUUUGACUUUAUCUGUUCAUCGAGAUGAAACAGCAGAGCUAAAGAAUUGUGCUGGGUAUUGCAGGAUUUAGCAGCUUCAGUUGACGAAGAAGAUGUUGGGAAAUUUACUGCUGUAGUCGCAGAAUUCGACAGCAUGACAAGACUGGUAUGUUUUUCUACUCGGUUCUAUAUUCCUACUAUGCGUGUAGUCCGUGAUUGAAGCCCGCGUUUUGGACUUGAUAUACAUCUAGACCCUGUUAAGUCAAGUAUCACAGGGAAAUGUCCACGUGGGAAAGAAUCAAUUCUAGUCAUUGGACAUGCUUUAGCCGUCCAAUUGCACUUAUUUAUUUAUUUAGCUGAAUCUGACCUGAGAUGUGAGCUUUCAGGCGACAGAUUAUGUUCAGUUAAACAUGAAGUUGGUUCAUUUUAGGUCGAUUUUGCAACAAAAAUAUUGCUGGUAUUCUCAGUCCCGGUUUCAUUUCAACUGAAGCUGUAUGGAAAGUGCUGCUUGGGGGGUCCAGACUAUUCUUUUUUGUUUUUAAAUAGGCCGUCCGAUGGGCCCAUGGCAUGCCGCAAUGUCUAGAAAAUGAGAAUUAAAUGUUCCAGCAAUCUGAGGGAACAUCCAUGGCGCAUAAGCCAGCAGAAGAUUAGUCUACGCGAUUUGUCGCCGGUUGCCAGUGGGGGACUUUCCGAGUGUUUUCUCGCACUAGCCGAGCUCACAGAGAGUGUGCUCUUUUUUUUUUCUUUUUUCUUUUUUAACUUUGUGGGAUGUGAUCUUUUCCUUUGUCAUCAUAGUAUCUUGCUUUACGACAGUUAAUGCGUUGCUAUUGUAAGGUAAGUUGGUAAAAUAAAUGAAGCAUUCCGGGAGACCCGAAUGCGCCAGCAGGAUGAAAUCUGCAAGAGUUCUCUGACGCCUUUCCUUGAUGGCUUGGGCGCAGGAUGCUUGGAAGACCACGCUACUGCUGAGAGCCAAGAACGCCCUCAAGGCGAGGGAAGAAGCCGAGGACGACCUGACCUGA